AAAAUUCAGUACUCUUUCUAAUAUAUGUUGCACUUCGAGACUUAUUUGCGGAGAGCAGCUAUUUCAGUCAACGGUUAUCAGCGAAGUGAUAAGCAGUUUAAUUGUUCACGGUUUAUGUCUGCGCGAUUUCAAGUCAUUUCAUAUUUAAAUUAAUUAUUGUUCUCAAUUAGCAUGAAAACAAAAUCGGUAUCAUUUCCAUUAUUUUUAAUUUUUAGCAUAAUAUUAAUAUUUUGUGCCGCAUUGCCAAGAGUGGAGAUUGGGGAUUUGCAAUUACAAUAUUUAAAACGAGCUCGUCGUCAAAUCGAUAUAAAUUUGUCUGCUGAACAUGAUGACAAAGAAGAUGAAACAGAAAUAGCUUUAGAAGCUAUAGCCAAUCUGUGGCGUAGUGCUGACAGUAAAACACAGAUUGAAGGAGCAGCCAAAGUGGUACAUAGCAGUAGUUCGCAACACGCGGGAAAUACACAUUUUUCAGGACGUUUACAUGUUCAUCACGAUUACAGAAGAAAGUGAUAUUGUUAAUUAGUUGCCUUGCAGCGGAUGUUAUCGGAAGAAAAAUCCAAUCCAGAGAAUUACUUUGAACGAUUUCGUCGUCAGCUUGAUUUAAUAUUAUCCGCUGAUCACGAUAAUCAGCACAAAACGGACAUUACACUAGAGGCAUUAGCAAACCUUUGGCGCAGUGCUGAUAGUAAAACAACGGUUAAUGGUGGAGUUAAAGUGGUUCAUACCAAAAAUACUUUGGAUACAGAUAGCACCAAACUUUCAGCGCGUCUUGAUUUGAACUUCGAAAUUGGAGGAAAGUGAAUUAUGAUGUGAGCUAAUAAGCAAUUUAUUGUAAUAUAUUCCGUAUCUAAAUUUGUAACCAAUAUUAACGAAGAUCUUCAUAUUAAAUAUAACUACACUCGUAUACGUAAGUUAUAAAUUAAAA